CUUCCGGAAGUGGAGAGAAGAAAAACCGAAAACAAAAACAAGGGCAGCCAUGUUAACGAAGUCAAAGUCGAUCAUCUGACAGAAAAAUUAUGUAAAAAUAGUAGAAAUGAAAACAAACCCUGCAUUGUAGGAUCUCUGCUUUUUAAUACAGGAUGCCCACAGACUGUCCCAUCCCACGGCGUGUGACCGGGCUGUAUGUAUUUGCUGUGAUUAACCUCAUCUGUCUAUUUCAUGCCUCCUCUGUGUCCUGUGAUAUAGAAGUGAGAAGAACUUCGACCAAUGACACAGUGAAUUCCUUUCAGGAGGAACCAGCGAGUUUCGGACCAAACAUUCCAGAAAAUGGAAUUUACGGCUAUGUGUUGGCUGUUGAGCCAGAUAGAGGGACUAAGAAGUGCACCCAGUACUACCCCAAUACUCCAAAGUUGAAUAUUUCUGAACAGAUGACUUGGAUAGCAUUAAUGCAAAGAAAUGGAUGCAAGUUCGAUGAAAUGGUUCAUUAUGCUCAGAAACUAGGCUAUGGGGCGGUGAUUGUGUACAAUAGUGACGGAGAUGAUCAGCUUUUACCUAUGGGAGGAGAUAAAGAGUCAGGGAAGGUGGCCAUUCCCUCGGUGUUUGUGGGAUAUACUGCGGGAAGUAUCAUGAAAAACAACUUUCAAUAUGACGUUAAUAAAACGUUUUAUAUCAAAAUAGAAAAAGAUGAAUUGUUUGACAAACCAUAUCUCAUCUGGCCGUUUGCGGUUGUCGUGGGAACAUGUUUUGUUUUAAUGCUUCUAUUUAUGCUCUUUAAGUGGAUUAGGGAUUGUCAAAGGAAACGGAAAUCUCGACUUUCAUCAAAACAUCUGAAAAAGAUUCCAGUCAAAAAGUUUAAGAAAGGAGAUAGUUACGAGACCUGCGCUAUUUGUUUAGAUGAUUACGAAAAUGGUGAUAAAUUAAGAGUGCUUCCCUGUGCUCACGCCUACCACUGUAAGUGCAUUGAUCCCUGGUUAACUAAGAGAAAGAAGACUUGCCCUGUGUGUAAGAGAAAAGUGAUCCCUGGCGCUAAUCCCGACUCGGAUUCGGAAUCGGAGGAGGAGGAGGAGGAGGGAUCAAGCAACAGUGAACGAACACCACUGCUGGGUGGAAAUAACAACACACGGCGAUCGACAUUCGACAAUUCAGUGACACGACCAGCUCGCUUCAAUGAUUACACAUAUGAGUCCUGUGAUUUGCUCUUCAUCAGCUGAAAAAAGAUGAGUAUUACCCAUAAUGCUUCUGGAAAAAUGUCGCCGUCACUGCGGUGUACUUCAUUGACAAUCCUGUAAUUAAAAUAAUUUGAUUGUUUAUAAAUACCAGGAACAUUUUUAAAUUCUAGACAAGUUUCUCAUAGCUUCAAACGGUUUGUUUUUGCUUGGUUUGAGAGAAGAAGAAGAAAAAAUUGCAGCUAAUAUGACGUCACAAUGUAACUGUUUACAUCCACUGUGUUAUAUUUCCCGCGUUAAAUGAAGAAGCGGGUAAAAUGUUUAUAAAUCAUGUUGCAAGAUGGUAAUGGGCUUCGCUCGUCUCAAUGGUCACACUUUACAACAUAUUAUUGCUAAAAUACAUACAAAAACACUUGAUCAACAAAGCACUUGCGAAUUUAUUUUCUUCUUUUCAUCCAUGAGUCAUUUUGCGAUAAUUACUCGCAUAAAAUAAGGAAUCGACAGUAAUUAGCCGAGUUGCGUAGCAAAUCUCGGCUUUUAAAUUGGCGAAGGAUGGUCGGGCAGGCGGCAUCCACAAUUAGCUUGUCUGGUCUCUAACUUUCAUACUUUUUGGUGCAUCUGUGUGAGACUUACAUAACAUGAUCACAUCCAAAAGAGGAAGGUUCCUAUUUAUUUUGAGGUCAAAAGGUCAAGGUCACUAAAUGCCAUAGAUUUAGCUUGUUCGGUCUCUAACUUUCAUACUACUAGAGGCAUCUUUGUGCAACUUACAUAACAUAAUCACAUUCAAAAGAGGAAGGUUCCUAUUUAUUUUGAGGUGAAUUGUCAAGGUCACUUUGUCACUAAAUGCCAUAAAUUUGAGUUUUUCCGGCCUCUAACUUUCGUACUGCUUGGUGCGUCUUUGUCAGACUUCCAUAUUUUGAUCACAUCCAAAAGAGGAAGGUUCCUAUUUAUUUUGAGGUCAAAAGGUCAAAGUCUCUUUUUUACUAUAUACACUAGAUUUGAGCUUGCCUUUCAACUUUUAUGUAUGUACUUGCUGGUGUGUGUUUAUCAGACUCCAAAUCCUGAUGACAUUCAAGAUUCAUGUUUUUUUUUUAAAUCCAAAGGUCAAGGUUAUUAUCACACUAAACACCUAUUGCGGCCAUUCAAAGCUUCAUACUUAAAAACUAUAUUAAAUACAUGCAUGUUUUUACUUCAUGAAUGCAAGCAUGCAUAAUUUUCCAAACUGCAACUCGGCCAUACGCAUCUUUGAUGCAUUUUAGCGAUUUUUUUUCAUUAUUUGUUGCAUGUAUUGAGACAUUGGAGUUAUGUGUUGUGGGUAAUGUUCCAUUCAUGCUUUCUUGGUAAUAUCUGGGUAAUGUCCUAUUCAUGCUUUCUGAGUAAUAUUCCAAUAGUGUAUUCUGGGUAAUGUUCUGGAUAAUGUUCCAGUUUGAAGAAUAAUUCACAGGAAAGAAUCAAGUAAUUUGAAUGUUAGUACCAAAAGUGAAAUUCAAAGGAAUAUGUAUAACAGAACCCAGAUGUUACUUUAUGAGAUCAAGGAUUUUGAGAAAUAUCAGAAUUUGAAAUUGGGAGUCAAUUUGCUUUGUUUAAUAGGGAAAAAAUUGGGACCUAUACCAAACUAAGAAAUCUUGAGAAGUUUGAGCAAUCAAAAGUCACCUGUACAUAUUUGAAUUGUCUUUUGUAGGAUUGCCUGAGGUCGUGAGAACAGAAGUUCAACGCGUACAAAUCAGAAGGCAGUCACACUCCAGUGAUUCAGAUUCCUCGGAGGAUGAAGUUGACAUUGUAGAAGCAGACAUCACCAUGGAAACCUCAGAAGAAGAGGAUGAUUCAACGCCUGAUGAGGCAAGAGCGGGUCCCUCUGGCAUUAGCAAUGCAGCUUUCACAGAAGUGGACACAGCUUCCCACACAGGAGUGGAUCAAGCUUCUGUAAGCCAAGUGGAGGUGGAUGUGACAGGCAGACAGACAGUGGAAGACAAAGCAUCCAAUCAUAUUGUGUAGGGAUGUCAUGUGAUGCAGGAGCGGAAAGGUGGGGGGAGGCAAAAACUCCUCAAACCCCUUGUUAAUGGCCUGUGACUUGUGUAUAGGCAUUUGUUGAACUCUGAAUCUCUGAUAUAAGAGAUGAUCACUUUGCAUGUAGUUAUACCGAGUUAUUUCUUGAAUAUGAUAUGGAUAUUGUUCAUGCUCAGUAAACAAGCUACACAUUCUUUCAACAUUUUCCACAGCUGGGAGUUGCUGGGCAUUAACUUUGAUAUUGUCAUAUAUAACAGUCCUGUUUGUUUUAUGUAGAGUUUCACUGAAAGCUUAUGGAUAUAUGUUAUAUACAGGUAACUCUCGAAUUAUCGCCACUCAAUUCAUCGCCAUUUUCGUUAUAAUACCGCAUUUUUCUAGGAACAUUUUCCCUGUUACUUAAAACUCUCGUUAAAACGCCAAAUUCGCUAUCGCCAUUUGCCACAGUGUUUUCAUUACAAAAUUCCAUUUCAACGUGUUAAUUAUCUCGAUAAACCGCCAUGGGUGUACAUGGUCAGUGAAGCAGUAAAUUGGUCAUUAUCGAUCUCCGGCGUACACCUGGACAGAAGGAUCCCAGUAAUUGCUGUAUUGAAUAAAUAACUCGAGAUGAACUGUAAUAAAGUUGUUUAUACAUCAUAGAAACACAUUUCAAUUUAGCUAUGGCUUCGCCACGAAAGAGGCGACAUCUUAGCAGCAAAGGAUGCAAUUCUUGUCAACCCUGAGUCCCUGAUCCAAUCUCUAAAGGCUCGCCUGCCAGGAAACGGCACUGCAGUGCACUCAAUACUGACUUAGAAAAGGCGUUGUUUAUGUGGUUUACGCAAGUCAGGACAAAAAAAACCCAACAUUCCUGUUACCGGGGAUAUGAUAAUUGAAAAGGGAAAACAGUAUGGUGCAGAGCUAGGAAUAUCCAAUUUCAAAUAUUCUGAAGGGUGGCUAACUCGUUUCAAACAACGUCAUGGAAUUUCUUCCAGAAUUAUAAGCGGUGAAAGUGCCGGAAUUGAUGUGAGUUUGAUAACUGAUGGCCGGAAAGAGGCAAUAGAAGUAAUGAAAAAUUAUGAUUUGAAAGAUAUUUAUAACAUAGACGAGACAGUAUUGUUUACCAAAUGUUACCCGAUCGCUCACUUACAUAAGUAUUGUAAAUAGAGGAAAGAUAACUCUUACAUAUACAAGAACGGUAACUAUAUUUCUUCAAGAUGGCAGUAAUUCAAUUCAUCGCCAAAUUCGUUAUAAUGCCAUAAUUUCAUAAGAACAAAAGGUGGCGGUUUAUCGAGAGUUGACUGUAGUUAUAAUAUGUGUACCCAUUCACAAAUUCCAAAGUGUUUCCCCAAGGUGGGGCGUCCCUAUAUGGCAGUACUGGUGUUCGUGUGUGUGUGUGUGGGGGGGAGGGUAUGCUUAAUUGAUAGUACAAGUGAUUAUAAUUAGCGAUUAUAAUGGACAUCACUAGGUUUGGUGUACUACAUUUAGCUUACGUGUAUGUGAUUGUUGUAGUGUCGUGUAUUCUCCAGUGUUAGAGAGGCGGAUGAAUAUACAUGUUUCUUUUUUGUGUGAGGUGAAGAAUUUCAUAAAUGGCAGCCAUUUAGGAAAUGAUAUGUGCUUUUUGUGUUUGAAUUUCACGUCAUUUGUUUAUAACUUGUAUGUUGGUUGAUGCACAGAAUCAACAAAGAAAAAAGCACUGUGUAGAAAAUGUUAAACAACCGGCUUAUUGAUAUGAAAAUAUUAUUUAACGAGGCAUGUGGAGUGCUUCAGCUUGGCACACGUAAAUCAAAUUAACACCCAAGUGUAUUGAAGUACUCAGCAUUCCUUGGGCAUUGUGUUAUAUACCGAGACAGAAUUAGACCAGCUCUCUUUGCUGAGUAUUGUUUUUAAAACAGGAAAAAGUUGCUCAAGAUUUUAAUAGUUUUUGUUUUGGGUUUUUUAUUACCUCACCAGGUCUUCAGACUUAAGCAAGCUUUUCUGAGCAAAAUUUGUUUGUUGUUUUCACUCUUUUUGAUUUCUUCGCAAGAAUCACUUGACCAAUUUCAUUGACACUUGGCACAAAGUAGCCUUUGGUAAAAAGAGUUAAGGUUUGUGAAAUGAAGAGCCAUGCUCUUCCCAAAGAGAGAUAAUCGUGAAAUGGGAUGGGAUAUUUAUGGUAAUUCUUUAAAAGAACCACUUAACCAAAAAAACUUUAAAUUUUACAUAAAAGCCUCCUGAUAAAGAAUAGAUUCAAGUUUGUCACGCUUUGAUAUUGGGGUCAGGAUGGGGCAGCAAUUGGGAUUUAAAGUUUUAUAUUGGAAUAUAUUUGAAAAAUCUCUUUGAUAACCAUCAGGGUACGAUUUACUAUAUUAAUGUGCAAGCAUUCCCAUGUAAUGUAGUUUCAGGAAUUUUUUUAAAUUAUGACCCAUGUGGCCUGGGCAGGGGCUCCAAGUUCAAACUUGAAAUACAGAUAUUUCAUCUACUCAAGAACCAUUAGAGUAAAAUGUGUCAUAUCAAUAUGAAAACAUCUUGUAGUGUCGAUUCAAGUUUAACGGUGGGGCGAGGUUAAGGGCACGAAUAGUUUUUUAAAAUAAGUUUUCUCAUUUUUUCAAAAACAAGAUACAAUCUAAGAAUUUAUUAUUUAAGCAUUUACAUGUACAGUGUAUAUUCAGUAUCAAGUUUGUCCAAAUCCUGUGUCCACGGCUAUGCAAUGUGUUUACUGGUAUACAUAGGAAUAUUUAAUGUUUUAUGUAGGAAUAUUUAGUAUUUUCCUUAAAAUUCUAAGAGGAGGUUUACAAUAGGGGUUAAAGAAUCUACAUGUAUAUUCUUAGUGUCCCCAAGUUAUGUUCUGUGGCUCAUGGACCUCAUGUUCAAUUUGAAAAGUUUCUAACAUACUACAUAUUAAGGGCUGAGGAUAUUUGCUUCAGUAGGGCUGAGAUAUGAUACUACAUAUUAAGGGCUGGGGAUAUUUGCUUCAGUAGGGCUGAGAUAUGACACUACAUAUUAAGGGCUGGGGAUAUUUGCUUCAGUAGGGGUGAGAUAUGACACUACAUAUUAAGGGCUGGGGAUAUUUGCUUCAGUAGGGCUGAGAUAUGAUACUACAUAUUAAGGGCUGGGGAUAUUUGCUUCAGUAGGGCUGAGAUAUGACACUACAUAUUAAGGGCUGGGGAUAUUUGCUUCAGUAGGGGUGAGAUAUGACACUACAUAUUAAGGGCUGGGGAUAUUUGCUUCAGUAGGGCCGAGAUAUGACACUACAUAUUAAGGGCUGGGGAUAUUUGCUUCAGUAGGGGUGAGAUAUGACACUACAUAUUAAGGGCUGGGGAUAUUUGCUUCAGUAGGGCCGAGAUAUGACACUACAUAUUAAGGGCUGGGGAUAUUUGCUUCAGUAGGGCUGAGAUAUGACACUACAUAUUAAGGGCUGGGGAUAUUUGCUUCAGUAGGGGUGAGAUAUGAUACUACAUAUUAAGAGCUGGGGAUAUUUGCUUCAGUAGGGCUGAGAUAUGACACUACAUAUUAAGGGCUGGGGAUAUUUGCUUCAGUAGGGCUGAGAUAUGAUACUACAUAUUAAGGGCUGGGGAUAUUUGCUUCAGUAGGGCUGAGAUAUGAUACUACAUAUUAAGGGCUGGGGAUAUUUGCUUCAGUAGAGCGAGAUACGACACACAUGAACUUCUGUUAUUGUCAUGUGAUUCCUAUGUAACAGUUAAAGGUUUACUCGUUCGUGUUCGUAGUGUUCAUGUUCAUAUAAAGUGUGCAGUUUGUUUUCAAUGUGAUUGGUAACACUAGCUCUGGCUUCAUGAACAUAAACUGAGAUUAAAAGAGCGAGUUUCCUCCAAUCCGUUAGAUGUUACGUGUGCAAGUCAAUAACGUGCAUGUUAUGAUUACAUUUGAAUAGGAUAAAGUGUUGAUGUAAUUAAUACAAGCAAAGGGUAUAUAUACAAAAUCUCGUUCUUGAUUUAAGUCCAUCGUCAGGUUAUGAGCAUUCAGCCUGGUUUGUAUGUAAAAUGUGUGUUUACGAUUGUAUACAUCCAUUAGAUAUUAGAAUAUUAAAAGGUUGCAUCAUCUUUGGUAAUUUUCAGAAUAAUUUAUAAUGCAUUUGUACUUUAUUACAAUAAACAGAUAAAAUUAUGAUAUUUUCAUACAUCUACUGUGAUAGUUAACUGUGCAAUUUCACUUGCAUGCAAUGAUGUUUGCCUUUGUGAAUGUAGUCAAACAUGGAUAUUAUUGUUUCAUUUGAAUGUUUAUUCAUGUUGAAUGAUUUGUUAGUUAAAAAUAAUUAUUUCAAAUGAUGUGUGUAUAAUCCAAUGUCAAGGACAUUUCAUUUCAUUGUUUUCAAUCUGACACUGUAACCCACGGCUUGUCUUAAAUGUACAAUGGAUAUUUACUCCCGAGUCGAUCAUUUUUAUUAUGUAUUUGCUUUUGUUGUAUGAUACGGGAGUUUUGCAUUCCUUAUAAGAACACUUCCUUUAUCACGCCCCCCUGUAUCACCACGCUUUUGUUUACUCUUUAUCAUAUCUUUCUAGAACAUUCGUAGUUUUUUUUUUGGAUAGGAAGCAAACAACCUUUUGGAAACAAAGGAGAAAUGAAAGUCAGGAAGAGAGUUAGAAUUGGGAGAAAGAAUGUUGGAAUAUAAUAUUUGAAUUGUGGUUCGUAUUUUCAAUUAUUUAAUAAAAGGAACAAUCCAUGUAUCUGUCGCGCCCUGUAUCAACCAUCCACCAAUAUCGGCCCCAAGACUCUCAAGUUGAAAUUAAGAGUCUCGGAUUGAUGCAGGACGCGAUACAGAUUUUGCCAAUAACUAUUAUUGUCCAUGUACAAAAUUUCCAGUUAUGUUAUUGUUUGCUUUGUCACAUGAGGUUUUUAUGGCAUGUUUUAUUUGUAGUGUGAAAGGCAACUUUUACUUUAACCGGAUUUAAUACGUGUCAGAAUUUUUUUUUUUAUCAUUCCUUAUGUAGUGAUACGCUAGAAUACAGAGUUUAUACGUUUAAAUAUUUACUUGUACUUGAGUGGACUGCGAUAUACUAAAAUACCAGAUUUUAUGUGUAAAUAUCUGCUUAGACUUGAGUUGAUUUUGAUAUAAUACUGAAAUACUAGAUUUUAUGUGUAAAUAUCUGCAUAGACUUGAGUUGAUUUCGAUACAUGUACUGCUGAGGAGCAGGACAUCUUCCAAGAAAUUAAUUACUAAAAGAAUAAUUAACAAUCUGUAAAUGAAAACCCUAGUCAGCAUCAUCAAUGAAUACUCUGGAAUGUACCUGGUUAAAGUCAUUAAAAAUUCUCGUGGACCACGAGCCUAGCUGUA